AUCGCGGCGCGACGGCGUCUCUCGGGCCGGUAGCGGCGUUCCGGCCGUGCCGCUCCGUGCAGUUCCGUGCCGCUCCGUUCCCAUGGCCGCGCGUGCCGCGCUGCGCCAGACCGCCCGUCUGGCCUCGUCCAGCGCCCUGCUGCAGGUGCGGGCCGCCCCGGGACCCCCGUCCCCGUCUCCUCCCGCUUCUCGCCCUCCUCGGCGGCGCCCGUGGGAGCCGGCCCGGCCCCCCGGCAGCGCUUCCCGCCCCGCUUCCUCCGCAGGUGCUGUUCCGGGCGGUCACCUUCGGGCUGAACGCCCUGACGCUGCGCUACCUCUCCCGGGAGCUCCUCGGCGUCGUCAGCGUGAGGUGAUGGCCGUUCCGCCUUCCGGCCGCGGAGCCGGCGGUUCGCUGCCUCGCGUGGCCGUGCUUUCUUUGCGCGCCCGCUGCUUCUGUGCGUCGGGCGGUGCCGCGCGUCAGGCCGGGCUGACGGCGGGCGCCCGCGGAGGCGGCGAGCGAGGGACUGACUGCCCGCCCUGUCUCCUCCAGGCUGACUCUGCUCUAUUCCACGGCCGUGUUCCUGGCCAGGGAGGCGUUCCGCAGGGCCUGCUUGAGCGGCGGCGCGGAGCGGAGCUGGGCUGCGACCAUCAACCUGCUGUGGCUGACGUGAGAGCUGCUCCGCUGUUCUUUAGAACCCGCUUCUCGUUCUUGCCCGAGAGCUCGCGCGAUGAAGAUGCGUUCCCGCUCCCGGUUUUCCUCCUCGAACAGCGUGAUUUCAAACGAGACUCUGGUAGUCGGAACGAUCUGCAGGACGUGCUGCGAGUUUAACGUCAAAGCCCGCGGGGAUCUGAGAGCGGGGCUCAGAUCCGUCCUGCCGCGGGGCUCCGUCCGAGGCUGCGGGUCCCGAAGCCGCGUCAGCAGCAGGCAAGUCCCUCUUGGUGUGUUUUGGUCUGCUUUCCUGGGCUUCGUCUGGCUGCACUUACUUGAAGUUCCGGAUCCGUCCGUGGUUCCGCACUAUCGGGCCGGCGUUGUGGCGUUUGGCCUUUCUGCAGUUGUUGAGCUUCUGGGAGAACCGUGCUGGGUUUUAGCCCAGGCUCACUUGUUUGUGAGACUUAAGGUAAUUGCUGAAAGCCUUUCAAUAGUGUCCAAAUGCAUUUUGACAGUUGUUUUAGUCGUCCUUUAUCCGCAGUGGGGCCUCUACAUCUUUUCCUUGGCUCAGCUCUUCUAUACCAGUGUUCUGGUAACGUGCUAUGUGGUUUAUUUUGCAAAGUUCUUGGGGUCUCCUGAAGCAACAAAGAAGUCGUUUCCAAUUACAAGAAUGAAAGCUCUGCUACCGAACUUGAUGGCAGAUAAGACUUUCCUUAACUGGAAGGAAGCACGGCUGACCUGGAGCUUCUUCAAACAGUCCUUCCUGAAGCAGAUUUUGACAGAGGGUGAGCGAUACGUGAUGACUUUUCUGAAUGUGAUAAACUUUGGCGAUCAGGGUGUGUAUGAUGCCGUGAACAACCUUGGUUCGCUGGUGGCCAGGUUCAUCUUUUUGCCUAUUGAAGAGAGUUUUUAUGUCUUUUUCGCUCAAGUAUUGGAAAGAGGGAAGAACGUGAAGGAUCAGAAGCAGGAUGACGUUGCUAUGGCUGCAAAUGUGUUAGAAUUGCUCUUGAAGCUGGUGCUUCUGAUUGGCCUUACCAUCGCUGUUUUUGGAUAUGCCUUUUCUCAGCUGGCUCUGGAUAUUUACGGAGGUUCGAUGCUCAGUUCUGGAACAGGUCCAGAUCUUCUCCGGUGCUACUCUUUGUAUGUCCUAUUUCUUGCUGUCAAUGGAGUAACAGAAUGUUUCACAUUUGCUUCGAUGUGCAAAGAAGAGGUAGACAGGUACAACUUUGUUAUGCUGGCCUUGUCCUUCACAUUCCUGUGCAUCUCCUAUUUCUUGACCCGCUGGCACGGAAGCGUUGGCUUUAUCCUUGCCAACUGCUUUAAUAUGGGUAUUCGCAUUGCUCACAGCAUCCAUUAUAUCUACGGGUACUUCAAGGAAAGCUCCUACAGACCUUUGACAGGCUUGCUUCCCUCACCAUUUUUAGUACUCGCUUAUAUCAUAAGUGGAGGAAUUACUGUUUAUUCAGAGGCAUUCUUCUGCUGCGAUAAGGGUUGGACGGCAAGGCUGAUUCACAUCAGCAUUGGGGCGCUGUGCUUUGCAGCUACCACCGUUACCAUGUUGUGCACAGAGACCAAGCUGGUCCGCUUUGUCAGAAGCCAGUUCCUCUCCCAGUAUAUGAAGAAAGGAACAUGAAAUGCUCAUGGGCGAAUAGUUAACGGGGGGAGCUCUGAUUCUUACCGGUAGGGAGUACAUAUAUGAAGGCAUUGUAUGGCAUACAUCUUAAUUAAGAUGUAAUGAAGAAUGCUGUUAUUGAGCACAGGGGGCUGUUGAAAAAGUUAGUGAAGAAAUGGUUUGACAUUGAAAAACAAAAGCCAGAACCAAAAGCUGAAGCAAACACUAGAGCAAGGACCAAUCCCAACGUAACUGUUAUCAAAAUAGAACAUAACGCAGUGCAGAAAAAUUGAGUUAUCAGUGCCCUGAAGUGUAAAGUGUUAAGAAGACAAGUUAAGAAGUGUAAAGUUCUGACGCUUGCAGGGAAGCUACUGGAAUAUGAAGCGUGUGUCCAAGUCCAAGCUGGCCAUGUAAGUUUACUUCCUUCAGCAUCAUUCAUUUAAUGAGAGUAUUGAUUAGCUUGUCAGAAAUACUCCAAAGCUCUUAUCUAGACAGAAAUGCAAUGGGUUUUUGAGCAAUGUCUGACAACAGCUGUGAACUACAGUCACAUUGAAGCUGCAGUUCCAGAAGGUAGGGUUAAACAUAAUUGGCUUUACUCCUUUUCUCUUCAUAUCUGAGAUGAUCAGUGUAAUUACGCACAAAUUUGUCUCCAUAGGAAUGUCUUGCUUUUCUGCAAAGUGAAAUAUUCUGUCUGUGUUUGUGCAGGUUGGAUUUCCUGCUUUUGAAUUAAAAAAUGCUGUUUUUCCUUACAAAGAGAUUUUUUUCACCAGGCUCACACCUUUUUGUGUUUGUAUUAACCUUUGUGUUGAUUUUUUUUAUUUAUUUGUGGAAAAUGUCAAUGUUCAGAAGCUAUAAAGAGCGAAGGUUGCUGAAUUGUUUACUAAGUGUACAGUAUUUUAUUGCUGGUCUAAAAUCUGACUAUGGCAGUUUGAGAGCAUAGGAGCAGCACGUUGUAACGACCAGCGUUCCCUUCACAUUGUUUGAAUGGACCAGGAAAUGUCAAGUAUGCUGAGACACAAACAGCCCGAAGACUUGAGUGUAAUUACACAGCAAACUCCACAGCUCCUCAGACAGCUCUAGGAAAAUCUUCGCUUCCAAUGGCAUUGUGGAGUUGAUACCCAUGAAGAGAGCUCAUGGGGCAAAAUGCUUUCUGGUAUCGGUGUGGUACUGUUAGAAAUGUUUGGUACUGUUAGAAAUGUUUUCUUAACUCCUGUAAUUUUCCCAUUUCCCAUCAGUUUGGGAACUCUUCUGAAGCUGUUCUGAAGUUUGUCUCAAUAAACUGUCCUGUUUGCUUUUAA